CUCUGUUCAAAUUUUGCUCUCUUAACUUCUAUAAAUCUUACGAUCCUACAGAGCGAAUUUGAACAGAGAUGAUGGAUGGCAAGACUAUUGCGACAAGCCUUGUUAUCGGAAUUUUGGGUUUGAUAUCAACGGCGAUUGAUUUUGCUUUCGAGUUCUUGCCUCUCCAUACUCAGGCUCGUCUGUUCUACUUCGCCUGUGUGGAUGAAUCAUGUAUGAAAUACGAGUGCAAAUACUUUCGAAGUCCAGGGUUUUAUAUGGUGGUUGCUGCAAUAGUUUGUGUCACAUUGGCACUAAUUAUUUUUAGCAUAUCAGCUCAGUGUGGGUGUUGCCGUGUACCUUAUUCAUCCUCCUCUACCAAAUCAUCAACAAUCGUUUCCUUUGUCAUAUGUUGGCUGGAAUGUUUAACAGCAAUUAUCUUAUUCCUAAUUGCUGGAGCAAAGCAAUAUGGCAUACGAAUAUCCAAGAUCGGAGGGAAUGAUACUUCACAAUGGAUGAGAGGGACCGGGAGUUGCUUCAAGGUUAAACGACUAUUUGGUGUAGCAGCUGGAUUAACCUGUAUUAGUAUCGGCGUUGGAAUCAGAAUUUACAUAAUUGUAGUUUCUGAAACGUAUAAAAUCAGAAAUCAAACUACAAAUGAUAUUACUGAACGUACCACUCUAUCCAACAACAGUCUCUCCCGUCAAGUUGAAGCUUAAUGCUAAACCCUACACGUACUCUGGUUGGAAAAUUGAUUUUGACGCACUUUAAUUUAUAUAUGUGACUAGAGCACAAGAAACUGCAUUUUCGUGUCAUGUGCCAAAAUCAAUUUUUGGUGUGCUAAAAUUACUUUCCCUUUGUAUGCAUUACAAUCUUCUUGUUUAUUUUCAAUCGAGUCUUUGCCCUUCCCAGAUUUAUUGUUUGAUAUGAUGUAAAGGUAAAUUUGUUAUAAACUUCCCUUAUAAAACAAUGGGAUUUUUGCGAGAAAAUGACUUAUAAAAUCGGGUUUUG